AUGGGAUGGAAUUCUAUCGCAGGUUCAGAAGGCGGCUCAUUAUAUGAACAAGAUAUGAGAGUUCAGAAGGAGAGGGAAAGGAGGGAAAGGCCUUUAAUCGAUUCGCUAAAUCGAAGGUCUGGUUCAGUAAAAUCCAGCAGUCGUCUCGGGUCCCCGCCACCCGGCAGUGGGGUAAGUUCUAGAUAUUCAAGCAGCACAGUCAAAGAUCGCAGAAGAGCACCAUCACUUUCAACGACAUCGAGAACUCCAUAUGACGACAGAUCUCGGCACGAUCAACCUUCUUCCGUUUCAAUGUUAUCAGAGAGGACUGCAAAUCUGCAGCUCGUUGGUAGUAGUAGAGAGAUCGAAGAACAAAAGGCCCAGAGACGCAAAGAUAAAGAUAUCAUAAAGUGGGAUAAGCAGCAACGACUCGAUCGACUUGGUAUACACACACCCGCUUCAUCAGAAUAUAGUGGACCUGGUGGAAAACAUUCCAUAGUAGGCAUGGGGGAAAGUUUGGAUGAGCCACCUUUGGUCGUACCAAGAAGCUCAACGGGUUCUAGUUCUUACCAUUCAAAAUCGAGAAGGGAAGUUGACCCUUCAGUGUACAGCAACAGAACAGGCACGACUAUAGCUCCCCGUUCUCGUCGCUUGUCGGUAGCUCCACAUCCCGAGUCUCAAUACACAAGUUACAGGCGCGUGAUAUUACCUUCCGAUCACGGGUCUUCUCAACACACUUCGACUUCGAGUCGCCCUUCUAGACGCAUGUCGGUAGCUCCGUCUCGCCCCCCUUCUGAGUAUAGGUCAGUGGCUUCAAGUCAUCGUUCUGAACGCGACUCGUAUCAUGAUGAUCAAGUUUAUGAUCAAGUUUACGAUGGUUACGUUCAAGAUUAUGAUGAGGGCUAUGCUCCGCCUGCUCCAGCGCCUGGGGUUAACGUUAACAUAAUUAAUAACGUUGUUACUAAUCAUAGCAGUCGACGUUCAGGGUCGAGGCGUUAG